UGGGCAGACAUUAUUACAGCCUCAGUGCAGCCACCGCCAACACUCAGAACCCUUGGAAGACAGCGUCCGGUGCAAGCCCAGCUAGCGGAUAGACCCUGCCAAUACCGCCCGAUUAACCUUGGCGUACACUUGAGCAAUGGCCUUCACCUUUGGCCAGGAGUCGUGCGGCCCGGCCUUCCCGGGCACCACCACCACCCCGCGUAUAUCCUCUGGCCUGCGCUUUCCAGAAGCCUGCCGCGUGCACUGCGGGCCCGGCGGCGACCUGGGCGUCUCGCGCUGCUACAUCAUCUGCUCGGCUUCACUUGCCCGCAACACGGAUGCCCUGACGCAGCUCCAGGCCGCCCUGGACGGCGCGGACAGCGACAAGAACGGCCAUGAUGACAACAACAAUAACAACAACAAGAACAACAACGACGACAACGACAAGGAUGGAAACCAGAGUACUGCCCAGGAUCACGAGCGAGUAGCCGGCGUCAGAAAGGGAAUCAGCCCGCACACCCCGCUCGCGCAGGUCGUCGAGGUCAUCAACGAGAUCCGCGAGCUCAACCACCACCACCACAGCAGCCGCAGCAACAACCAGGCCGACGUCGACUGCAUCAUCACCCUCGGCGCCGGCAGCCUGACCGACGCCGCCAAGCUCGUGCGUCUGGGCCUCGCCAACGGCGUGCGCGAAGAGGCCGACUUCACCAAACUCCACGGGACCAGCGACAGCAACCCGGACUUCCUGGGCGACGACAAGGUCCAGCCGCCGACGGCCAUCAAGCUGGUGCACAUCCCGACGAGCCUGUCUGGCGGGGAGUACCAGGCUCUCGCCGGCGGGACCGAGUCGUCCGCGUCCUCCUCCUCCUCCUCAGAGACCGGAAAUGGCGGCGGCGGGGGAGGGAACAAGCGCAGCUUCCACUGCGCGGGCGUCAACUCGGACCUCGUCGUGCUUGACCCGGAGCUGUGCCUCACGACACCCGACUGGGUGUGGCUGAGCACGGGGAUCCGGGCUGUCGACCACUGCGUCGAGACGCUGUGCUCGGUGCUCGACGUCAGGGAGAGUCUCCAGGAUCCCAACAACAACAACAACAGCAACAACAAUGCCACCCCGAAACCAGACCCUUGGAGCGGUCUCGCCUACGCGGCCCCCGCCCGAGAGGGCCUGACCGCCCUGGUCAAGGGCCUGCUGGACAGCAAGACGGACCGGGCGUCCCUGGACGCGAGGAGGCGGUGCCAGGACGGCGUGGUCCGCGCGAUGCAGGCGAUCUCGAGCGGCCAGGUCAAGAUGGGCGCGAGCCACGCAAUCGGCCACCAGCUCGGGCCCCUGGGCGUCGGGCACGGCGAGACGAGCUGCGUCCUGCUCCCUGCGGUAUGUCGGUAUAACCUCGCGCAUGCGGAUGAUGCUGCGGCUGGUGGUGGUGGUGCUGGGGCGGUGGCGGUAGGGGACGUGAUCCGGCGGCGGCAGCGCGCCGUGAGGGAUGUGCUUGUUGGUAUAGAUGAGGUCCGCCAGCUCCUGCGCUGGGGCGGAUACAAGGAGGACAACAUGCACGAGGCCGAGCUGGGGGAUGUGCUGUAUGGCGUCGUUGGCGCCUUGGGCAUGCCGCAGAGCCUGGAGGCUGUCAAGGUCACGGCUGACAAGUUUGAUGAGCUCGCGCGGCAGAGCCUGCAGGAUCUGUGGAUCAAGACGAAUCCGAUCCCUAUCACGGAGGAAAAGCAGGUUCUGGAGAUCCUGGGCAUGUGUGCGAGGCAUGGGAGUGCAAUGUAGUCUAUAUGGUUCAGAAAAUAAUGGGCUGUCCUAUUCUAAUCGUGUCUUAUCACGCGACUACAAUAAACCUUGCCAGCUAUAUACUCUACAGAGCCAGGGGAGAGCGACCCUGUCGGGUAGCCGCCAGAGAAUAUCUUUGAUGCAGCGUCGACGCUCAAAUUGAUUCGAUAACGCCAGAGUCAUUGCGGAGUAUCUUUUUGUCUUAUCUAAGUGAAUCUACAAGCCUCUCCGAGCCAGGUCCCCUUGCAGCCCAAUGGCUGUCUCUCGGCAAAGUCGACGCCUUUCGAUAUACCGGGGUUCUUCAUCGUCCCCAGCUGAGCACUUGCCGCAAGGUCCAUAGUAGCGAACUGACAAUAGGA